AUGGGCUCACUACAGGAACUCCCAGAUCCACCUUCGGAUGCGCUCACAAGCCUCCGCUGGUCUCACGAUGGCAACUCACUUCUCGUUGGGUCCUGGGGCAAGGAUGUUCGGGUAUACCGCAGGAACGCUGAGGAUCGAAACACCUUCUCACUUCAGCACAAAGUGACCACCGAAUACCCACGGCUCGAUGUCUGCUGGGGCAAGCCCGGAUCUAACGUGGGUUAUGCUGUCGGUGUUGAGCGCGAUGUUCGCCAGUUCGACUUCGACGCCGGCACUCAGUCAGUGUUAAGCUCACACGACGAACCCAGCAACAAAGUCGACUACAGCCCCGAUCACAACGUUCUCAUCUCCACCAGCUGGGACGGCACGAUGCACGUGCACGACCCGGAUAGCGGAAGAUUCAUCAGUGUUAGGCUAGCUGCGAAACCACUGGCCCUUUCGCUUACCGCAGAGCGUGUAGUCGUGGCGAUGGUUGAGCGGAAGGUGUCAAUCUACGACCUCAAAGCGCUUCGGACCUUACUCGACCAAACAGGCAACACGGCAGAGCAUGAUGACCAUCUCGAAAUUCAGCCCUGGCAGGAAAGGGACAGCAGUCUCAAGUUCAUGACGCGUGCUGUAGCAUGUAUGCCCGACGGCACCGGGUUUGUCACCUCUUCUAUCGAAGGACGAGUCGGUGUCGAAUGGUUCAAUCCUGAGACGGACGGCGAGGCUUACGCCUUCAAGUGUCAUCGCCAAGUUCAUCAUCUUCCAACCCCAGAAGGUGGCGAAGAAGAAGUCGACGUAGUGUAUCCCGUGAAUGCAUUGGCGUUCCACCCAACGUUCGGCACCUUUGCGACCGGUGGUGGCGAUGGUGGCGUGGCGCUCUGGGAUGCGAAGACGAAGCGACGAGUGCGAGUCUACCAGAAUCUCGAAGCUAGCGUCGCGGCUCUGGACAUUUCGCCGGAUGGAAAGUCGCUGGCGAUAGCAAUCAGCCCCGGCUUCGAGGAGAGCAAAUUCAACAAGGCGAAAGAAGAGGGCAGGGCUGUGAACAGGGAAGACGGGACGGCGGAUCCCAAGGAGUACUUUGAGCAGCUGGACUCUAGUCGAGUCAAGAUUGUGGUGCGAGAGUUUGCGGAAGGCGAGGCCAAGGCAAAGCCGAAGGAGAAGAAAGCGAAAGGGGAGAAGAAGGAGGGUUGA